CCCCCUUCAUCUUCCCUCGUCCCCGCCUCUUCGCUUCCUUCAUUUCCCUCUCAUCAUGGCAUCCCGAAAUCAUCACCAACAGCAGCCAUCACCGUCGCCAUCACAAUCACAUUCUCCUCCUCUUGACAUGAACACAUUCUUCAUGCCCACACCCACUUCACCACCACCACCACCCCAAAACCCUUCACCCCCUCUUCCUCCCAACCUCGUGGUUCUUCCACCCCAACAAAUCCCUUCCUCUUCUUAUCCUCCCCCCAAUAGGACCCACCACUUCCCCUUCCCCUUCCCACCCUCUUACCCUCCCCAACAAAACCCUAACCCAAACAACCCACCACCUCUUGCUAACAUGCACCCCCAACGUUCCCUCUCCUAUCCUACACCCUCUCUCACCCCGAACCAACAACCCCAAGACCGUUCUGGUGCCGAAAUCAUGGCCCUCCUCCGCCCCCCUCAAAAUCAAGAACCACCACCACUCCCUCCGCCAGCCCAAGACUUAUCCGGGGCUCUUAGCAAUAAUUUUAUGGGUCCUGUUCGGACGCCUAGCUGUACUAGCAGUAAGAUGCCUAAGGGGAGGAGGGUGGUUGGUGAAGAUGUAGUGUAUGAUGUGGAUGUUAGGUUGCCAGGGGAGGCACAGCCGCGGCUUGAAGUUACGCCGAUAACCAAGUACAUUUCGGAUCCUCAGCUGUGUUUAGGAAGGCAAAUUGCUGUUAAUAAGAGUUAUAUUUGUUAUGGGUUGAAGCAAGGGACUAUUCGGAUUCUUAAUAUCAAUACCGCAUUGAGGUCUUUGUUUCGGACUCAGUCUCAGAGGGUCACUUGCAUGGCUUUUUUUGCCGAGGAUGUUCAUCUUUUGGCUAGUGCUGGAAUAGAUGGACGGAUUAAUGUCUGGAAGAUCUCUGAAGGUCCAGAUGAGGAAGAUAAGCCACAGAUUACAGGAAAGACUAUUAUUGCUAUCCAAGUAGUUGGUGAGGGGGAAAUAAAGCACCCAAAAGUCUGUUGGCAUUGUUAUAAACAGGAAAUUUUGGUGGUCGGAAUUGGUAAACAAGUUCUGAGAAUUGAUACUAACAAAGUUGGAAAGGGUGAGGUCUAUUCCUCUGAGGCACCUCUUCAGUGUCCUGUUGACAAGCUGAUUGAUGGGGUCCAAUUCAUUGGUAAACAUGAUGGAGAAGUCACUGCUUUGUCAAUGUGCCAAUGGAUGACCACCCGUUUGGUUUCUUCUUCUAUGGAUGGCACGAUAAAGAUUUGGGACGAUCUCAAGGCAUCACCACUUGUGGUUUUGAGACCACAUGAUGGCCAACCUGUUUAUUCAGCCAUGUUCUUGAUUGCUACUGACCAGCCAGAUCACAUCAUUCUUGUCACAGCAGGGCCUCAGAUUAGGGAAUUGAAGAUUUGGGUCUCAGCCAGUGAAGAAGGUUGGCUCCUGCCUAAUGAUUCUGAUUUGUUGAAUUGCACCCAGACAUUAGAGCUGAAGAGUUCAGCUGAACCUCGAGUUGAGGAGGCAUUCUUCAAUCAAGUAGUAGCAUUGUCUCAGAUGGGCCUUAUUUUACUUGCAAACGCAAAGAGGAAUGCUAUUUAUGCCGUGCACUUAGAUUAUGGUCCUAAUCCAGCAUCAGCUCGUAUGGAUUGCAUAUCAGAGUUUACUGUCACUAUGCCUAUCUUGUGUUUAACCGGGAUGAGUGAUGUCCUGCAUGGCCAAUCUGUCGCUCAAGUUUAUUGCGUACAGACAAAGGCAAUUCAACAGUAUACUUUGGAAUUAUGCCAGUGCCUGCCACCAUUGAUGGAGAAUGUGGGUUCAGAGAGGUCAGAUUCCAGUGUAAUGCAUGAUGUACCUAAUGCUGAUGGAUAUGCUGCCUUGGAGUCACGUGGAAGUAAAUAUUCUGAUGUUCUUCUGAGCUCCGCAUCAGUUGAUGUGGCCACUAUGCAACAAGAUGCUCCCACUUCAAAUAUGGAAUCCAGAACUAUUGCUUUAGCCUCAUCAACUAGUGAUGCUGAUAUUGUUUGUGCUCCUUCGCCUCCUCAUCCUCGCUUAACUAGAGAUCUUACUGAGUUUGCAGUUGGGGGAAGAUUUGAGCCAGGUCCUGCAUCCAGCAACCAACCAGCUAUCGAUCAUUCAGAUGACCAGCAAAUGGACCCUAUUUGUUCAAAUUCAUCCAAUGUGCCUUCCUUGGAUAGUGACUCGAGGAAUGAUGAGAGGAAAAUUGUACAAAAUAAUUCUACCACUCUUAAUCUUCCUGUUACAUUUAAACAUCCACCUCAUCUAAUAACCCCUUCUGAGAUUUUAAUGGGUGCUUCAUCCUCUGAAAUUACCAAAGUUAAUGAGGGAAAAAGUGAGGUUGACUCAAAUUUUCUGGAUGUGGUUGUCAAUAAUGAUGUUUCCAAUGCUGAGGUGGAAGUUAAAAUAGUGGGUGAAACAAGAUCCACUCAUGAUGGUGAAUUUAGUAUUCGAGGAGAAUCCAAAAGGCCUGUUUUUGAAAACAAGGAAAAUCUCCUUUGCUCCCGGGCUUCAGAUCUUGAUAUUGAGAUGACAAGAGAGUGCUGUGCAUUGCCACCAGAAUCAAAUAUUGUGGAGGAACAAGGACAAGUUGAUGGUGUUGUUGUUAGUGAGUCUCUUUCCCCACCUUCUAAUGCUGGCAAAGAUGAAGUCCAUGACUCAAAAAAAAAUGUAUCUGGAAAAGUUUCUGAGUCUUCUGUGUCAGCAGUUGGUCCACUGUCAACUACUCCAAGUACAAAAGGGAGGAAGCAGAAGGGGAGAAAUUCUCAAGCAUCGGGUUCAUCUUCUCAACCUCCAGGCACUUUUAAUUCAGAAAAUUCUUUGAAUGAACCUGUCAGGGCUUCAAAUCUCCUUGCUACGGAUGGGGGUUUUUCUCAAAUUUUGGCUAUGCAGCAAUCGAUUAAUCAGCUAGUGAUCACACAAAAGGAAAUGCAUAAGCAGAUGUCAAAUAUGAUUGAAGUCCCCGUUUCUAAAGAAUGUAGAAGACUGGAGACGGCUUUGGGACGGAGCAUUGAGAAAGCCAUCAAAGCGAAUACUGAUGCUCCGUGUGCUCAAUUUCAAGAAGAGAAUGCAAAGAAUGAGAGGUUAUUGCAAGAUCACAUGCAGCAGAUAACAAGUCUGGUCUUGAAUUUUAUCAGUAAGGACUUGCCAGCCAUAUUAGAGAAAGCACCGAAGAAAGAAUUGGCUUCAGUUGUACAGGUUGCAGUUCGCACAAUAUCUCCGGUCAUUGAUAAAACAGUAUCUUCAGUUAUAUUUGAGUCUUUCCAGAGAGGAGUUGGUGUUAAGGCUGUGAAUCAACUGGAAAAAUCAGUUAAUUCGAAACUUGAGGCUACCGUUGCUAGGCAAAUUCAAGCACAGUUUCAAACUUCUGGCAAGCAAGCUCUCCAGGAUUCUUUGAAGGCUGGUCUGGAAGCCUCAGUAAUUCCUGCCUUUGAGAUGUCAUGCAAAGCCAAGUUUGAACAAGUAGAUGCUGCCUUUCAGAGAGGGAUGGUCGAGCAUACAGCUGCAGCACAGCAGCAUUUUGAAGUUGCCCAUUCUUCUUUGGCACUCACUUUAAGGGAUUCAAUCAACACAGCAUCGUCAAUGACAAAAACCUUGAGCAUGGAGCUGGCUGAUAGUCGAAGACAGCUGUCAGCUAUUGCCGCAAACUCAGGUGCAACAAAUCCAUUGGCCAUGCAACCUAGCGACGGGCCCUUGGCUAGCUUCUACGAGAAGGUUGAAACACAGCUGGAUCCAACGAAAGAGCUAAAAAGAUUAAUAUCUGAAUGCAAAUACGAUGAGACUUUCACUAUUGCGCUCCAAAGAAGUGACGUGGCUGUUGUAUCCUGGCUGUGCAGUGAGGUUGGAUUGCAGGGUAUCAUGUCUCUGUCUCCCUUCCCUCUAAGCCAGGGAGUAUUACUCUCUCUGCUGCAGCAGCUGGCCUGUGAUAUAAACAAUGAUACUCCCCGAAAGCUUGAGUGGAUGACGGCGGUGGCAGCUGCAAUACUGCCAACUGACCAAAUGAUUGUAUUAUACGCACGGCCAAUUGUUGAGCAAGUCGUUGAGAUUGUGAACCGUGCAAGGACCUCACCUGCCGUCACUGGUGCCGAGCUUGCAAACAUCCGCGUUCUCAUGCAUGUCCUUAAUUACUUGCUGGUGACCUGUAAACGAUGAUCCCAUUGUCAACCACCGUGCAGAAUGCAAGGCAGAGUUCUGAAGUAGGAGAAACUAUGUACAAAUGUUUGGUGGUUCAAAUACAUAUAGUGCCUUAGAUUUUCUCCUCCCAAUUUGUACAAUUUGUCUGUGAAUGCUUAAAGAUUCUUCCCUAUUCACCAAAUCAACCUCGGUAGUCAUGACAUGACCCUAACUUCGAUGCAAAUCAAGUUUUGGAUCAAUGAUCAAGUUAUCUUUCACUUGGUGUUUAACAUGAAACUCAACCCAGGUAGAUUAGAUUGACUCGUCAAGCUCUCACCUUCUUGGACAUUAAUCCAAUCUUUGAAUAGUAGAAGGUUUGUUAGAUUGAU